AAAGAAAUAAAUGGAUAGAACAAAAGGAAUCAUGACUCUGUCAUCAACAAUCUGAUGGCAAAGUUUGACAAAAUUUCCCCUUCAUAUAUCGCACACAGCAUCAGUUUCCAACAAAGCCAAGAAUUCUUAGAAUACAGAGAUGCAAGUGCCAAGAGUGCAUUUGGGUGCCCAAGGUUUGCAGGUUUCUAGACUUGGAUUUGGCUGUGGGGGGCUUUCAGGCAUACUGAAUGCUCCUCUGUCACAUGAAGAUGGAGCAGCAAUCCUGAAAGAAGCUUUCAACAAAGGCAUCACGUUCUUCGACACUGCGGAUAUCUAUGGGCAGGCUGGCGAUAAUGAGAUCAUGAUUGGCAAGGCAUUAAAAGAGCUGCCUCGUGAGCAAGUUCAGAUAGCGAGUAAAUUUGGCGUUUAUAUGCCUGACGGUAUGAGUCAGGUUCACGUCAAGGGAAGUCCUGAAUAUGUCCGGAAAUGCAUUGAAGCUAGUCUAACGCGGCUUGAUGUGGACUACAUUGAUCUGUAUUAUCAGCAUCGUGUUGACACAUCUGUGCCAAUAGAGGAAACUAUGGGGGAACUGAAGAAGCUAGUGGAAGAGGGGAAAAUCAGAUACAUUGGGUUAUCUGAAGCUAGUACGGAUACGAUCAAGAGGGCACAUGCUGUGCAUCCUAUCACUGCUGUGCAAAUGGAGUAUUCUCUGUGGAGUCGUGAGAUUGAGGAAGAUGUGAUUCCGCUUUGUAGGGAGCUUGGUAUUGGGAUAGUAGCGUAUAGCCCUCUUGGUCACGGAUUCUUCGGUGGAAAGGGAAUUGUGGAGAGCUUACCUUCACAGAGCGUGCUGGAGAUGCAUCCAAGGUUCACUGGGGACAAUCGAGAAAAGAACAAAGUCUUGUACACCCGGUUCGCCAGUUUAGCUGCUAAGCAUUCUUGUACUCCUCCUCAACUUGCUCUGGCUUGGCUUCUCCAUCAGGGCAAUGACGUGGUUCCACUACCUGGGACUACAAAGAUUAAGAACCUGGAAGCGAAUAUUGACUCCUUAGCAGUGAAACUGACAGCUGAGGACUUGAAAGAAAUUGCUGCUGCAAUUCCUGUUGAUCAAGUUGGUGGUGAAAGAGAAAUUACCAUCUUUUCAAUGUAUUCCUACAGAUUUGCGAAUACACCACAGAGAAAAUGAUUUUUCUCGUAAAAGAAUGAUAUAAUCAAGAAAAAUGUGAUUGAUUCUCCGAAUUUACUCUUUAUAAUAUGUCCAAUUUGGGGGUGUCAUUGUAAAGAUUUAAGGUGAUUGGUUGCAAAUUUGAUCUUUGUAUUCUUUUAAACUUUUCCAUCCUCUAUGUACGGUUUUGUACAAAAGACACCGGUUGCAUUCAAUUACAUCGUGCAAUUAGAUGAAGC